AAUAGGUGGAUUCGGUCAUCACUGGCGGGACAAUCCAAAUUCACAUACAUAUGUAUAUUGGCGUGUGUUUUGCGGCUGUGUGGCCUGGAUCACCUGUUUAGGUUUUCAGGAGCAAAUUCACAUGUUCUGGAUCUGCGGUGGAAACAUCUUUUCAACAUUACUCCAUCGGUUGUUUUUUGUGACUGAGUGCCGUAACGGGAUUCGGCGUCGGGUGGUUGUCAUUUGGCUUGUUUGCUGGCAAAGGCAGCAGUCGCAGACCACAAGCUCGACGGAAACCACACGCGACGGCAUUGGAUGCGGACUAUCUUUGGCCGCCACGAACGCAAUCAAAACAAAAGACUUCCGAACCGGUAGAAGUGCGAGUUUGACUAUUGCCCUGUGUUUUGUCUUAUCAGCUGCAGUAUCAAUAUCAGAACCACCAUUCGCAGCGGCCAAAAAAGAACGGAUUCGAACUUAUUCAAUUUGGAGUUGGUCGUCCCCCAGGUACCAUGAGCAAAGCCAAAUCAGCCGCCCACGAGCCGACGAUCCACUACCUGGACAGCGUGCUAAGCGAGGAGGAAAAGAGGUGCUCCUACGGCCAUCAGUGGCGCAAUAUUUCCAUUUCCCGAUCCGGACGCUUUCGUUCGAAGAACAAAAAGCGGGAUGCGGUCGACGGAAAGUUCUUCGACGCCGGAUCAAGAUCUCUGCAGGACAUCGAGAAGGUCUCAAAUUGCACUUCGAAAAGCGCAUUGAACAAGUGCAUCGCCUCUUCGACAGGACCGAUGACGCCUCCAGUUCAGCAGGCAAGAAGCCAACGGGACCAGCCUGAGAGUUUUAAAAGUGUUUACGAAACGAAUUUGUAGAGCUAUAUAAGGUUUUUUCAUUACGUAUCAUCCAAAUGUAUAUAAACUAGCAUGGCGCCUUUUUUAUCAGACUGAGAGGACAAAGAGAAUAAAAAGCGGCAAGAUAGUGAACUUAUUGCACUACAGGUUUUAUAUGCAGGGCAUACAUAGGAAUAAGUCUCAUAUGAGCACAUUCUCUUUAUGCUUAGAUUAAUUGUACUUAAAUCAAAUUUAAAUAUUUGACAUUCUAGCUUGCUUAGAUUGUAAGGGAUUAAAACGUGAUAAAUGCACUAAUAAUUAUGCAUAUUUUUUAAGUUUGUUUUUACGUCUUACUAAAAACAACUACAUAAAAUAAGACCAAUAAAGAACCAGAUUCGAUUAAAAA